AUGUCGGGACUCCUCGCUCUGCUGUUAAUCUCUGCCACGUUGGCGGAAGGCCUUCGUUCAGGUUCAUCCGCAGAGUAUGUUGUUUAUCCAAGACUCCUGGAAGCAAGAGGGAUCAACGGAGAAAAAAUUCUUCAAAUCACUGAACAACUUUCUCUGAGUUUAGAAAAAAGCUCUGCUAUCGCCGACAAGUUAGUUGUCUCGAGUACUAAUGGCGCUGAGCAAGUAGAUACCAUUGUGGAUGGAAAGGAGGUGGUAAAGAAUAUUUAUUACGAUAAAAGUAAGAUGGCAGCUGUGUCGGUGUCAGAGCAAAACGGAACUGUGGAAGUGAGCGGGGCCUUGGGCCCCACAUUGAGGAUUGCUCCUCUGCCCCUGAUGGGACACCAUGAAGGUCGAUACGGAGCGCACAAAGUCUUUGAAAUCGAGGAGCCGGAGGGGCACAGAAUCGAUUACAAAGGUGAGACACAACGAAAUUGGUCCGCUCCAAACAUCCCGGCUCCCGCACAAAUACCGAGCGUUUUUCUUGUCGAGGUGGCAAUGGUGUUCGAUCAGCACCACAGAAAGCAGUUCAAGACUACAAGAAGCCUCGUGCGAUACGCUGGAGUCGCUGUUCAACUGGUCAACAUGCGAUACGACGUCACUUCGCAUCCAAGAGUUCAAUUUAUUCUGGUUGCUGUUCUUGAGUUGACAGAGAUGAACACCAUUAUGAGAGAAGUAGUAGCGCGAGAUAAGUUGAAGCCGCCCGGUUACACUAAAAGAUACAUCCGGGCGACCCAAACGCUUGAGAAUUUGAAGGAGGCAAUCAACUCGGGGAGGAUCGAGGUUACCGCAGACCUCGUCACCUUGGUUACAUCAGGUGACCUCGCACAUAUUGACGAUGGUAUUAUUUCCAACAAUGUCAUAGGUUCUGCCAAGAUCGGGGGAGUGUGCCAAUAUUGCCGUGUUGCCGAAACAGAAGACCAGCCUCAUACAUACAUUAUGGUCAGCACUCUUGCCCACGAAUGGGGACACUCGCUUGGAAUGGUGCACGACGGUGAAGCAGCGAAGUAUUCCACUCCUGCUUACCAAUAUGCUGUGUGCGACCCAAAGGCCGGCUACUUAAUGUCGCCUUUUGCUUUUGGCGCCAGGGAGGGACAAUGGUCUAAGUGUUCCUUGGCUCACUUAAAAAAGUUUGUAAGGACUCUAGAUCAAGCCUGCUUUGAUGUGACGUCACAGACGCGCUACAGAAUAAACAUGAAGGAACUUCCGGGGGCGAAAAUGACGAAGAACCAACUGUGUCGUGAAGCCGUCCCAAACUUUGGUCCUAUGAUUUCCCGUGGCGUGCCAGAGAGUGACCCCAAGAUAGCAAAGGCUCCGCUUGGGAAGAUGCCUAUAAUCGAAACACCAUUCGAGCGCUUCGCAAUCGACCUGAUCGGACCUUUCUCGCCCUCAUCAGACACGGGAAACCACUUCAUUUUGACCUUGGUCGACUGUGCUACAAGAUAUCCCGAUGCAGUGGCGCUUCCAUCGAUAAACUCCGAAACCGUGGCCGAGGGUUUGAUCCAGUUGUUCUCGCGCGUUGGAGUACCACGGGAAAUACUUAGCGACCAGGCUCUAACGUUCACUUCAGCCUUGGUGAAAGAGGUAGCCUGCCUCUUGUCCAUACAACAGCUAACCAACGCGCCGUAUCAUCCCAUGUGCAAUGGAAUGGUAGAGAAGUUUAACGGGACGUUGAAGACAAUGUUUCGAAAGAUGUGCCAAGAGAAGCCACGACAGAGGGAUCGCUAUAUUACUCCCCUCUUGUUCACCUACAGAGAGGUUCCGCAGCGUAGUCUGGAUUUUUCUCUUUUUACGUUGAUAUACGGAAGGCACAUUCGAGGCCCUAUGACCAUCCUGAAGGAGCUGUGGACAAACGACACUCUCACAGAAGAGGUCCAAAAGAAAUAUUUUGACGAAGAGUCCCAAAACCGUCAACUGAGAGUUGGUGACCGAGCACUGCUUUUGCUGCCGACCACCCAAAACAAGCUGCUCAUGGCUUGGAAAGGUCCAUUUCCCGUUGUUGGCACUAAGGAAGGUUACGACUACCUCAUCGAGUUGGGACACCCGUAA